CUAUUAACACUCCACCCACCCACACACAGCAACACACCUCCUCAUCGGUAGCUAGCUGAGCUACACACAGGCACAGAAGGAUCUAGGAUCUAGGAAUGACCACCAGGAACCCAUUGAAACGUGUGAACUCUAGAGGAGAGAGUAGCAGUAGUUCUAAUGAUGACUUGGAGCCUCCAGUGGCUAAGAAGAGAUGCGACUAUGCCCCUGCUCUGAGUUCCCCGGCCCCCCUGUGGGGGGAGGUGACCCUACCCUCUCCUCGGAGGACACAGUUAACGUACGAAGUGGCCAAGAGGGGAACAGAGGAGCCCGUGAGAGUGUACGCUGAUGGUGUGUUCGAUGUGUUCCAUAGCGGUCAUGCAAGAGCACUCAUGCAAGCCAAGAACAUCUUCCCCAACACUUACCUCAUGGUGGGGGUCACCAACGAUGAGCUGACUCACAGCUUCAAGGGGAAGACGGUGUGUACAGAGGCAGAGCGUUAUGAUGCUCUCAGACAUUGUCGCUAUGUCGAUGAGGUGGUGACAGAUGCCCCCUGGGCACUCACACCUGACUUCCUGGAGGAACAUCAGAUUGACUUUGUUGCCCAUGACGACCUGCCCUACAACUGCGGGGACACUGAUGAUAUUUACAAAACAAUUAAAGAGAUGGGAAAGUUUGUGGCCAUUCAACGCACACCUGGGGUAUCGACCUCUGACCUUAUAGCCAGGAUAGUCAAGGACUAUGACAUGUACAUACGGCGGAACCUUGCUCGAGGCUAUUCAGCCAAGGACCUCAACGUCAGCUUUAUGAAGGAGAAGGAGGUUCAUUUCCGUGAGCGUAUGCAUGCUCUGCGUACCAAGGUGGGGGGUAAACUUGAGGAGUGGGAGGAGAAGAGCAAGGACCUCCUGGCUGGAUUCAUGGGUCUCUUCGGUAGGGACGGACGUAUUAGUGAGUUCUUCUAUGAUCAGAAGGAGAAGGUCAAGCGAGUACUGUCCUCACCUCAGGAGAGAGACAGUGAUGACGAAGCUGAAACAUCAUCUAUGGCAACUAACGGACACCAAGAAACACUAUAAUUAUAUGACUAGUCUUGAUUUAUUGAUUUAUUUAUAUACAGUCAAUAGUUAAUAUAUAAUAAGUCAUUGAGUUAUAAAGAACGUUUAACAAUAGACAACAAUUGCAAUAAACAGAAAAAGAGAAAAUUAUUAUAA